GGGAUGUCCCGUGCGAGUGAGUGAGAUCCUGGGGCCUUACCUACUAGUGGAAUCGGGUGAAGAGACGCCUGCCAGUGCGGGAGGUAGGAAGCUCGAUUCCCCAAAGAAAAGAGCGAGUGGGCAGGCAGCUGCGAGACAGAACCGGAGCGUGCAGGGUCCCUAGAGGCCGGUUCCUGGUCGGUGCUGCUCUCCUGGAAGCCAUGGUACAGGCAGAGCUCAGGGCGAUCCCCAGGUGAGGGCAGCGGCUCUGCCUGGGAUUCCACCGCAAUAGAACCGGGUAGAUGCGGGGUGGGGAAGAAAGAAUGUUGCCUGCACUGCUCCCCAAUAGCACCCUGAGCGGCUACAUUUGCAGGAGCAGCAGCAGCAGAAGACACAGCGCCGGUCCAGGAGGCGGCUUGAGCUGUUCGUAAAGUCGCCCGACAGCUUUUUCUCCGUAGUAUGCGAGUUGACAAAAAGCCAGAGAACAGGGCUCCCCAUUACAAUCUUUUCGAGCUCUUUUCCCUUGCUAACCGGAUCUGAUUGUGCGAAAACAUGCCUUGCACUUGUACCUGGAGGAACUGGAGACAGUGGAUUCGACCUUUAGCAGUGGUCAUCUACCUGGUGUCCAUAGUGGUUGCGGUUCCCCUAUGCGUGUGGGAAUUACAGAAACUGGAGGUUGGAAUACACACCAAGGCUUGGUUUAUUGCUGGAAUCUUUUUGCUGUUGACUAUACCUAUAUCACUGUGGGUGAUACUGCAACACUUAGUGCAUUAUACACAACCUGAACUGCAAAAACCAAUAAUAAGGAUUCUUUGGAUGGUACCCAUUUACAGUUUAGAUAGUUGGAUAGCUUUGAAAUAUCCCAGCAUUGCAAUAUAUGUGGAUACCUGCAGAGAAUGCUAUGAAGCUUAUGUAAUUUACAACUUUAUGGGAUUCCUUACCAAUUAUCUAACUAACCGGUAUCCAAAUCUGGUAUUAAUCCUUGAAGCCAAAGAUCAGCAGAAACAUUUCCCUCCUUUAUGUUGCUGUCCACCAUGGGCUAUGGGAGAAGUAUUGCUGUUUAGGUGCAAAUUAGGUGUAUUACAGUACACAGUUGUCAGACCUUUCACCACCAUCGUUGCUUUAAUCUGUGAGCUGCUUGGUAUAUAUGAUGAAGGGAACUUUAGCUUUUCAAAUGCUUGGACUUAUUUGGUUAUAAUAAACAACAUGUCACAGUUGUUUGCCAUGUAUUGUCUCCUGCUAUUUUAUAAAGUGCUAAAAGAAGAACUGAGCCCAAUCCAACCUGUUGGCAAAUUUCUUUGUGUAAAGCUGGUGGUUUUUGUUUCUUUUUGGCAAGCAGUAGUUAUUGCUUUGUUGGUAAAAGUUGGCGUUAUUUCUGAAAAGCAUACAUGGGAAUGGCAAACUGUAGAAGCUGUGGCCACCGGACUCCAGGAUUUUAUUAUCUGUAUUGAGAUGUUCCUCGCUGCCAUUGCUCAUCAUUACACAUUCUCAUAUAAACCAUAUGUCCAAGAAGCAGAAGAAGGCUCAUGCUUUGAUUCCUUUCUUGCCAUGUGGGAUGUCUCAGAUAUUAGAGAUGAUAUUUCUGAACAAGUAAGGCAUGUUGGACGGACAGUCAGGGGACAUCCCAGGAAAAAAUUGUUUCCCGAGGAUCAAGAUCAAAAUGAACAUACAAGCUUAUUAUCAUCAUCAUCACAAGAUGCAAUUUCCAUUACUUCUUCUAUGCCACCUUCACCCAUGGGUCACUACCAAGGGUUUGGACACACUGUGACUCCCCAGACUACACCUACCACAUCUAAGAUAUCUGAUGAAAUACUUAGUGAUACUAUAGGAGAAAAAAAAGAACCUUCAGAUAAAUCCGUGGAUUCCUGAACAGUAUGGAAAAGCGAACUGUGCAACUACUAUAUUGUAUCAUUACCUGGAAUCCCAUGGAUUUUGUGCUUGGGACAAACCAUAAAUGAUGGAAACUGUCAACACAAAAAUAGCUGCAAGCCAGGUACAACUACUGAAUUUAUAUAUGUAAGUUUUGUAUAUCAAAAAUAACUGAUCUAAAUUUCCUAGACUUAGACUUGAUUUCUUAACAUUAGAGUAUCACAUACUCAAAUGGUAGACAAUGACCCCAACUGAAUUUUCCUGAUGUUACACUGCUUUAUCAAGAGGAUGGACUUUUUUUUUUUUUGGAGACGGAAUCUUGCUCUGUCACCUAGGCUGGAGUGCA